AUGGCAGAAAAUUCCGAAUCAAACCGUCAAGAUCUUUUUCAGCCUGUGGGCGAAUCCGUGCAGGAAAUCGACCAGCAAGGACAACCAGAUGUUGUUGUCCCAACAAAUACUGGCGCUGCCGAUGCAGAAGGCCACCCAGUUCAGGAGAUUGAGUCUCUGUGCAUGAACUGUCAUGAAGAUGGUACCACUAGAUUGCUACUGACAUCCAUACCGUAUUUCAAAGAAGUCGUUCUAAUGUCGUUCGAAUGCCCACAUUGUGGAUUCAAGAACAGCGAAAUUCAACCUGCAUCUCAAAUAAUGGAAAAAGGUGGCAGAUACACUCUCAAGAUCGAAGAAAAGGCUGACUUUAACCGUCAGGUCAUCAAAUCCGAGACUGCCACUUGCAAGUUUAAAGAGCUGGACAUCGAGAUUCCCGCUCGCAGAGGUCAGCUAACCACUGUGGAGGGACUUCUCAGCGAGAUGCUCGAAGAUUUGACAUCGGACCAACCGGCCAGAAAAGCCAUCGACGAGGGCCUGUACAAUCAAAUUGAUGAAUUUAUCAAUAAGGUUAAAUCUUACCUAAAUUGCGAACCAGAAACAUUGCCUCUCACAUUCAUUCUGGACGAUCCAGCAGGAAACUCAUGGAUCGAGUAUAAGCCAGGGGAAGCAGCCCACAAAUGGUCCCAAGCCCAAUAUCUCAGAUCCGGGGAACAAAACGUCCAAGUCGGUCUUCUCUCACCAGACCAGCUCGAACAGCAACGCAGAGACGAACAGGCAAAACUAGCUGACAGAGAAAGAAACCCCUCAGAGGCUCAAAAAUCAACUUUCAUCUCAGAUGAAACUGAUAUCGAAAACUUUAACAACGAGGUGCAAACUUUCAGAUCCACAUGCUCUUCAUGCGGCCAACCUUCUGACACCCAUAUGAAACCUGUUAAUAUUCCUCAUUUCAAGGAAGUCAUUAUCAUGUCCACAGUGUGCGACCAUUGUGGUUACAAAUCGAAUGAGGUGAAGACCGGUGGCGCUAUUCCUAGUCAGGGAAGAAGGAUCUCGCUUGUGUGCGAUGAGCCCGAGGAUCUAUCCCGUGAUAUUUUGAAGAGCGAGACCUGUUCGAUGACCAUUCCUGAACUCAGCUUGGACAUUCAGCAGGGAACAUUAGGUGGAAGAUUCACCACUUUAGAGGGACUCUUGAAACAGGUUUAUGACGAGCUACGGACCAGAGUGUUCACACAGACCUCAGACUCCAUGGAAGAGGAAACGAAGGCGAGAUGGGAGAAGUUUUUCACCACUUUGGAAAACGGCCUGAAUGGCAAAAUGAAAUUUACAGUGAUAAUGGAGGAUCCACUUGCUGGAUCUUACAUUCAAAACGUCUACGCCCCCGAUGCAGACCCAAACAUGACGAUAGAGGACUACGACAGAACUCCAGAGCAAAAUGAAGACCUGGGUCUCAAUGACAUGAUUGCUGAUUAA